AUGUAUACCCUGUCACUCAGUAAAGGCACCGGACGGAACGACAACGUCUUCGGAGCAGUGGUCACGUACCGGCCUGCCGACGUGGCGGGGCGGAAGAGGAGCCGCAGCCUGCUGGCACCAAGCAACCGGAUCACCAUGUCCCAGGCUGAUACUGACCCCUUUGCUGACAUCAGCUCUCCCCCCACUGAGCCCCUUCACCCCGACCCUGGAUCCUGUCAGGAUGUCCCAGCAGCCUUUGCAUCGCCUCCAGCCUGUCUACAGCCUCCUCUGAUUCCUGAGAGUUUUAAUCUCCCGCGGUCCACCACUGAGGAGACGACCACAGAGGGCAUGACCACCGAGACUAACCCUUCAGAGGGUCCGACCGAACAACCAGGGCCUGCUGCUGAGGGCCAGGUGAUCAUAUGUGACCAACCAGAACCCGCCGCUGAGGGUCAGGUGAUCUUGUGUGACCAACCAGUGAGCCUGGAGCCAGACGCAGAGGCUGUAAAGGAGGAUGUGGAGAGCUCACUGCAGGAGACAGACAAAGGUUGGGGAGUUUGGAGUUCAUGGGGAAAAUCUCUUAUUAACAGUGCCACCUCUUCAGUGGGUCAGAGCCUGACCUCGGUUAAAACCAAGGCAGGAGAAGCUCUGCGCCUCCACAAGACCUCAGUAGGAGAGGAGGCGCGAGAAGAGGAGGAUGCAGUGGAGGAACAGAAGAAUGAUGGAGGAGAAGGUGGAGAUCCUGAGCUGUCCGUCUCUGCUGAGUCUCCUGCUAGCGCUGCAGCUCCUGGGAGGGGCGUCUUCUCUAGCAUCACACACGCUAUGCAGAACACAGGUAAGUCAGUGAUCAGUGGAGGUUUGGAUGCUUUGGAGUUCAUUGGAAAGAAGACCAUGACUGUUCUUGCUGAGAAUGACCCGGGUUUCAAAAAGACUAAGAUCCUGAUGCAGAAGACGGUGUCACUGAGUCAGAUGUUAAAGGAAGCCAAAGAGAAAGAACGGGCCCGCCUGGGCAACCAGCCAAUCAGUGUGCCCACAGCUCACUAUGGUAUUCUGUUUGACGACUACCAGGGCUUGUCACAUCUCGAGGCCCUGGAGAUCCUGUCCAAUGAGAGUGAGGCCAAGGUCCAAGCCUUCCUCUCCUCCCUGGUGGAAGAGGAGCAGGACGAGGUAAAGAAGGAGCUGAUCGUCAUUAAGAAUAUCUUCAUCAAGCGAGAGGAAGGUGAGGAAGAGGAAAAACAGGAAGAAGAAAAAGAAGAAGAAGGAGGAGAGAUGAAGGAUAACGGUGUUCUAAGUUCCCAAUUACACUGUUCAACCCCCCUAUCGGCCGACGGAGAGGAGUUUUUGAGCGUCCUCACUGAGCUGCUGUUUGAACUUCAUGUUGCUGCAACGCCAGACAAACUCAACAAGGCUCGAAUGAGGGCCCAGGAUUGGGUGAGCGAGGUGGAACAGCCUGUCACUACGGAGACGGUUGACAGGGAAACGCCACAGGACCAGCCAGCAGGAGAAGCCUUACCUGGAGAAAACGAAGUGGAGGAGGAGGAGGAGAAGAAAGACGGAGAAGAGCAUGUGGAGAAGAAGAGCGAGGGGGAGGAGGUGGAGGGAGGAGAGGAGGAAAAGAAGGAGAAAGAGAACGACCCCAGAUCUGUAGAGGCUGUCUACCUGUCAUCAGUCAGCAGUCUUGCAGAAGUGACGGCUCGCAGUAUCGAGCAGCUCCACAAGGUGGCAGAGCUCAUCCUCCAUGGCCAGGACCUGGAGAAACCAGCCAGAGACCAGGCACACAUCCUCACCAGGUUGACAUGUGCCAUGUGUAAGGAGGUGGAGUGUUUGGCCAAGAAGUUCUCUGAUACGCUGCUUCUUGUUGGGGGCCAAAGGAAAGCAGAGGAGUUGAAUCCGCUGGUAAACGAUGUGCUUUUAGAGGGCUCCAACAGUACCAACUACAUUGAGAAUGCAUUGCAGCUGCUGCUGCCCGUUCUGCAGAUCUCCCACAUCCAGAGCCAGCAAUGUCGCUCCAAUUCAGAACCAUCAGCGCAGACACAGCACUAACAGACACACACACACACACACACACACACACACACACACACACACACACACACACACUCGCCAAAUGCUCACCUGCUCGCCUUAAUGUAUCUAUUGUUGUACAGAAAGUAUAGAGAAUAGAUUAUUUCAGAUUAAGAGCUUUAAUCCACAUCCCAUGCCAUCGCUAAAGGCCAAAGAUGGUUUACACAUACGUAAUAUCAUUUUGAAGAUAACAGUUUAACAUAAUAGACACUUGUAAAAAUGACCCAUGUUUGACGUUAUUUUGACUCAGCAUAUAUUUUUCUUUGAGGACACUAACUGACUUGUUCAGAGCUUAUUCAAGCAAAGCUACUACUCAAUCUGAAAAAAGAUGUUUCUGUGUCGUCUCCAAAAACUGAACCAAAAAAAAACGAACUGUAUGAAGGGACUCUACGUUAAUUUAAGCUUUCUUUGCACUACUUAUGGUUCUUUGUGAUUUCAAUAUAAAUACCAUUGACUUACA